ACACGUCCAGAAAUCACCCUCUAUGAAUCACCCUACCUACUGAAAGAAACGUCCUUUGGGUUUAUAGGGUUUUUAUCCAGGCUCUAGCUAUGGAAAAUCUCAGCAGAGAAUAAGCGACAGAGAGUAAGUGCAUGCAGGGAAGGACGACAGAAGCGAACGGAUAUUUAGAGGAACAUCAAAGUCCCGAUUUGUUCCCUUGGAGCUGGAUAUUUCAAUAAAAGUUGCUAAGAAUUCAGGGGUUUUUCUGCCAAGUCCAGUAUUCAUCUCUCUCCUAUUUUGCUAUGGAGGGGGAAUCCACUGAAGAGUUUCUCUUCAAAGACCAGGACUUCUCCUCUGAACUGCUGAAGCAGCUGAAUGCUCUGCGGCAGAGUGGGAUGCUGACUGAUGUUGCCCUCUGUUCCGGGGGUUUUGAAAUCCCCUGUCACCGAAAUGUGCUGGCUUCCAGCAGUCCGUACUUCAAGGCAAUGUUCUGUAAUGACUUCAGAGAGAGUCGCCAGGCUAAAGUCAUCCUGAAGGGCAUCGACGCCAACAUUUUGGAUCAGAUUAUCCUUUAUGUUUACACAGGGGAGAUUCUUAUAUCCACUGAGAAUGUCCUGUGCCUGUUGGAGACUGCCUCCAUGCUGCAGUACACUAAGCUAUUUGAGGCCUGCUCUGCCUACCUUCAAGACAAGCUGACUCCUGACAACUGUCUGAGCAUGAUUAGACUGGCAAAAAUCUUGAACUGCCAAAGUCUGAAUAAGAAAGCCAAGGCUAUGGCUUUGAAAUGCUUUCCUGUGGUGGCCUCUUCUGAGGACUUGAAGGACCUUUGUCCCUUGGAGCUCAUCGACUACCUUGGGGACGAUGAACUCUGUGGGGAGGAGGAGCAGGUCUUUGAGGCACUGAUGGUCUGGGUCCGGCACGACCUCCAGGCACGACAAGGCUACAUCCAAGAAUUGUUCAAGAAAGUCCGGCUUCAAUACGUCCAUCCAACUUUCCUCUUCCACUUCAUUGCCAAUGACUCACUCGUUCAGUCCUCACCCACUUGCAGGAGCAUCCUUGAGUCAGCCUGGAGACAUAUGUUUUCCCUGUACAGCACCAACGCACCUGACAUCAAACCCAUGAUGCAUGUUCCUCGCCGGUACUCCAACCAAGAGUUCCUCAUCAUCAUUGGUGGCAGGAAGGACAGCCAGCAGACGAGGGAUGUCCUGCUCUAUGAUGACAAGACAAACCAAUGGCUGAGCCUGGCCAAACUUCCCAUGCACCUGUACAAAGCCUCUGCAGUGAGUUUACACAGCAACAUUUAUGUGCUCGGAGGGAUGCCUGUUAGUAAUAAGAAAAGCCUGGUCAGUGGUAAUAUUUACAUUUACUCCCUCAAACUCAAUCAGUGGAGGUUGAUUGAGCAUAUGUUAGUUCCACGUUACUCCCACAGAAGUCUGGCAUAUAAAAAUUAUAUUUUAUCAUUCGGUGGAAUUGGUGAAAACCAGGAAAUCCUGAAUUCUGUGGAAAGAUAUGAUAGUGUCUACAACACCUGUGAGAGCAUGGCAAACAUGCCUGUUGCUGUUCUUCACCCUGCUGUUGCUGCCAAAGAUCAGAGGGUCUACCUCUUUGGGGGAGAAGACAUUAUGCAAAACCCAGUUCGACUGAUCCAGGUUUACCAUGUGUCCAGGAAUACAUGGUUUCGGAUGGAGACUAGAGUGGUGAAGAAUGUCUGUGCACCAGCUGUCACAAUUGGAGACCAGAUUAUCAUCAUAGGUGGGUACACCAGGAGAAUCAUUGCUUAUGAUACAAAAGGCAACAAGUUUGUUAAAUGUGCAGACAUGAAGGACAGACGAAUGCAUCAUGGGGCCACUGUCAUCAAGAACAAGUUGUAUGUCACAGGAGGACGAUGUCUCACCACAGACAAUGUCAUCAAGGACCUGGAUUCCUUGGACUGCUAUGAUCCAGAGACUGACACGUGGACACCAAAGGGAAAACUGCCACAUAGACUCUUUGACCAUGGAUGCCUUACGCUCCAGUGUGUCCCCUGUUCUAACCUUCUCUAAACGAGCUUUGGUACUUCCUUUGUGCUUUCCUUCCCGGAAAGGACUUGCCUCGCUCUGCAGAGAGCACAUGGGGAAUCCUUAUGGGGUCAGGCAAACUCUUGACUUUAAAUGCACAAGAAGCGCUAGUCCUUCCCAGACCCUGUGCCAGAAAGAUCAUAAGCUCUGUGCUUGUGCCUAUUCACCUGACUGGUAUUGCAUAUGGUGCUGCUGAGUCCAGUGUGGAGGCCUUACCCAGUAUCUCAAUAGAAAAAAGAUACUGGGUAAGAACCCAUUGUAGGAUUUGGCCUUGUACAGACUGUAAAAGGAAAAGUGAGUAGGGAUGCUGAUAUCUCCAGGGAAAGUAAGAUCUGGAUAACCUGCCUUUGUUGGCAUGCAAACUCAGCUGCCUGGGCAGCCCUUAGCUGCUCGGUGCUGACCAAGCUUUCUGUUUCCCGUGAUGGGAGCAUUUAGAAUAGGAAGCCCUGAGCUUCAGUCUUGUAGCCAGGCCAGCAGCAGCUGCCUGCAUUAGCUAUGGUAGUCAUCUCAUAAGAAAUAAAAUUUUAAUGUUCCUAACAGCAAAUUAGAAAUAAGCAAAAGACUGAUGGUUUGAUCUGAACUCUCAUAUUGCAGCAAAAUGCAGAUUUGACUUUUCUGAGCUAACACUCUUUCAUAGUGAAGGGAAGACUUUUGUUCCCCCUGCCUGCCCUCUGAAGGAGCAGGAGAAGGUGGGAUGGAAUUUAAGAUUGUCUGCAUCUUCUUUUUCAAGGGAUCUUGUUUUGCAGGGAUCUUCUCCUUUUGCAUCAGUAGUAGCAGUGGGGUUAGUUAGGAAGAGUUUGGCUGAUGGAAUUCUUGAAAUUUGGAAUAGCAGAGAGGACAUAUGGAGGAAAGGGGAUAUAAAAGAGAAGAGGUAUUUAGGAGGAACAAUUUCUUUUUCCCUUUCUCCUCUCUCCAAACCACUGGGAAAAAAACCAUGAGACAAAGCCAGUGACAGGAAGCCAGCUUUCCAAGAAGAGCAAGUCUAAAUCUGCCACUUGGCAAAGCAGCUCUGGCUCCACCAAUAUUUUUGUGGGGUUCUGCCACUAAGUACAUACUUUUAAAGGGAGGGGAUUAAUCAUCAGAUACUGAACAGGCUGUGAACUGCUGUUAGGUCACCAGGCUUGGUAAGAUUGCUGAGAUAGCAAGGAGCUUUAAAGAUAGCACUGAUGUCCACCAUCCAAAGAAAGGAUGGUAGGAAGAACACCCCUUUUUGAAAGAAAGUGGGACUUUUCCAAGGGUACAGGGUGGCAUGAGGAAACCACACUCAACCUCCCUCUUUACAGAAGGCUGCACAGGCAUGUCGUCACCACUACAUUGCAGUAAACUAACUCGGGAUCCUAAGAUCCCCUCCCAUAAAUCUGUGACUGGGAGUAGAAGGGUGACUGAAAUAGUUAAUGAAGUGGGGGGCUGGAAGAAAGUAUUUGGUAUCAACUGCUGUUGUAACAAUGUGGAAUAAAAGGGUUAUUAUUGUUUGUAUGA